AUGCAGGCUAUCAAGGGUUUGCUUUCGCCUCUUACCUCUACGUCGGGUCCUAUCCAUGACACCCUUAAACUGGUCGUCAUUGGCGGGACUGUCGAGACAGCAAGGCGGGUUUCGGUAUCCGCUUGGAACGGGUUCAUAGACUCAUUCUUCCUGACCGCACACUUCAGCCAGGAAGACUACCCAUAUGACUGGCUCAUGCACUGGCUGUCAAAACAUCCGGCGUGGGGUCGGAGCCGAGAAUUCGAUAUCACGACCCGCUCUGUAAGCCGACAUGGUCUUUCACAAUCGACCAGUGGGGAUUUGGAAGACGAUGAAGAGGAGGAAGACGACGUAUCCUUUGGGGGCCGCAAAAAGCGCAAAGUGGCAAUCGUCCCUAGUUUGGAUACGACCCACACCAUCUACUAUCGGGGGCAUUGGCUUCGGAUAACGCGGACGAAGCGCUUCCAGGAUUAUGGCUCCUAUGCCGAACUGAGGAUUAGUGUCGUGGCACGAAACAAUGACAUUCUCAAGAAAUUGGUCCUUGAGGCCAAGCGUGAGUAUGAGAAAGACGCAGAACACCGUGUGCAUAUAUUCAUGGCUGAUACGACGUACGGAUGCUGGAGAUGGAACGGGGCAAGGCAGAAGCGCCCCAUGAGUUCGAUCGUCCUGGAACCUGGCGUCAAAGACAUGAUCUUGGCUGACUGCAAAGACUUCUUAUGUUCGGAGGACUGGUAUGCGGAACGAGGUAUUCCAUUCCGCCGAGGUUAUCUUCUGUACGGCGUUCCAGGAAGUGGCAAGACGUCCUUGAUUCACAGUUUAGCCGGAGAGUUAGGACUGGACAUAUAUGUCGUCAGUCUUUCCUCAAAAGGCAUGAGUGACAACACGCUGUCGAACCUGAUGGGAAAUGUGCCGUCAAGAUGUAUACUACUAUUGGAGGACCUGGAUGCCGCCUUUACACGUGGGGUCUCCCGUGACGAGUCGUCCACAGGCGCGCCCAGCACCAGCACCAGCAGCUCUAGCUCCACUUCGACCGCGAAGAACAAGGACGACAGUAAUGAUGGUUCUACAUUGAGUCUCAGUGGGCUGCUGAACAGCCUCGAUGGGGUUGCAGCCGCUGAGGGCCGUCUGCUGUUUGCGACGACCAAUCAUAUCGAGCGGCUCGAUCCCGCCCUCAGUCGACCUGGUCGCAUGGACGUCUGGGUGAACUUCAAGCACGCUACCAAAUGGCAGGCUGAAGGCAUCUUCAAGUGCUUCUUCCCCGUUAGACCUCUCAAGUCUGCCCUGUCGCCUUCCUCGUCAGCCCCCGCCAAAGCAGGUGAUGACCCUACGUCAACAGAGGGUCUCGCCGUCCCCAAACGAAAACGGGCAGCCCAUGCUAUUCCCCUUCUAAGUGAAGAUGAAAUAUCAGAGCUCGCCAAACGGUUCGCAGGUGCCAUUCCGGAAGACGAGCUGAGCGUCGCUGCCUUGCAAGGAUACCUCCUGAAGAACAAAACUCGUCCUCGAGAAUGCGUCGAUGAAGUGGCGGACUGGGUCGUCAAGGAGCGUGAGACACGUGCCAAGCUAAAGAAGGAAAAGGAAGAGCGCGAAGCCAAAGAAAAGAAAGAGAAAGAAGAG